CGGCACCGGCACAGACACAGACACCGACACAGACACCGGCACCUCCGCGGGCUCCGCAGCCCUCGCCGGGGAGCGGCGGCACCGGCGGGAGGACGGGCAGGAGCGGGAGGAGGGCGCAAAGCAGCGGGAGCGGUCGCGGGUCCCGCCGCGGGGAGCGGAGCGAGCGCGGGGCGGCGGCGGCGGCUCCUCCAUCAUGUCGUCGGGCGGGGACUUCGGGAACCCGCUGCGGAAAUUCAAGCUGGUGUUCCUGGGCGAGCAGAGCGUGGGGAAGACUUCCUUGAUCACCAGGUUCAUGUAUGACAGCUUUGACAACACCUACCAGGCAACAAUCGGCAUCGACUUCCUAUCGAAAACCAUGUACCUGGAGGAUCGAACAAUCAGGUUGCAGCUGUGGGAUACCGCGGGGCAGGAGCGUUUCCGUAGCCUCAUUCCCAGUUACAUCCGCGACUCGGCCGCUGCCGUAGUAGUUUACGAUAUCACAAAUGUAAACUCCUUCCAGCAAACAACAAAAUGGAUCGAUGACGUCAGAACGGAACGGGGCAGCGACGUCAUCAUCAUGCUGGUGGGGAACAAAACAGAUCUAGCAGAUAAAAGACAAGUGUCCAUCGAGGAAGGAGAGAGAAAAGCCAAAGAGUUGAAUGUAAUGUUCAUUGAAACUAGUGCAAAAGCAGGAUACAAUGUAAAACAGCUUUUCCGACGUGUGGCAGCUGCCUUGCCUGGCAUGGAAAGCACACAAGACAAAAGUAGAGAAGACAUGAUUGACAUAAAACUGGAAAAGCCUCAAGAGCAGCCUGUCAGUGAAGGAGGCUGUUCCUGCUAAUCCCACGUGGCUCCCACCUUUCUCCAGAACAUCACUGCUUCCCCCUCCCUGUCCUCUCCAUUGACUGCAGUGUGAAUAUUGGCUUGAACCUCCCCCUUCCCGUGAUAACGUAUCCCAGUUCCUCAUCGCUGCCUGUCUCGUGGAGAUGAUUAUUGGCUUCACAAGCACACACACACACACACACACAGAGAAAAAUGUCAGUGUCUUCAUUAUUUAUAAGAAAAAAAAAAAAAAAAAGCCAAAAUAUCCCAGCGUAUCCUAGUUAUAACUUUAAAGGGGAAAAAAAAAACCAGGGAGAUAAAAAAAAAAAACCAACAAAAAAAAAAAAAGAGACAAAAAUAGGUACAAUUUUCUUAAUAUUCGUUCCUUUUUUUAAUAUGUUAUGAGACCGCACUUUGGAAUCGAGGGCGACUGAGUAAGUUUGGGAUUGGACUUAGAUGGGAUGUACGUGCAGAAGAAGGAGGCUUUGCAAAUCUGACCCAUGGGAGUUCUCUGAGGAUCUGGGAAUGCGUAGGCAGCGGGAAUGGCAGGGGGAGGCGAUGCGUGCCGAGGACCAGACCCUUCUCCUCGGUGAUCCAACAGCAAAUUAACCCCGAGCUCUGGAUUCCCUCGAGCAGAGCGAGUCUGCCUGGUGUCCAAACCCCACCCCAGUAGGGCUUUGACACCACCACAAAUGGUUUUGGACCCACUGCUGGAGUUGGGAAUUCUGCGUUUCCCAGGAGGCGCGCUGGGAAAUCCGGAGAGGGGCUCUCUGAGCGGGAUGAGUGGCUUCUGGAGGAUUUUUGUGGGGGGGAUGGAGGGGGAAGGAAAAGGUGGAUUUGCAUUAGCAAAACACUUGCAGGAAACAGGGAAAUAAUGUUUCGAGUGCAAGAGGAGUUUUUAAGAGCAGUUGUUUUGGUUUUUUUUUUCCUUUGUAAGUAGAAAACACGGAUGAAGUGAAUUAUUCCUGCCCGAGAGACAGGAACAAAACGUUCCAGGUGUUUGGAGGAGGAAGCAUUUUGCUUCUUUUUUUUUUUUUCGCGCUUUUUUUUAGGGGAAAUAGUGAAAUCAGGAUUGGCACUAAAACCUGCCAGAGCUGAUCGAAACCUUGGAAAUUUGGGAGAGAGAGAGAGAGAGAGAGGGGGAAGAGCAGGUGGCUGCCCCGGCAGAGAGGGAAUCGCUCCUGCUUUUCCAGAGCGUAGGUCGGUGGGGGGAAGGGGGUGUUUACUUUAAUCCUACAGAAAUCUAGCUGAGGCAACUUAGAUGGAAAGGGAGGGACUUGAGUAGGAUGGAAACCAACUUCUGAUUAUGCAGAUUUAUGCCUUUAUUUUUUAGCUUUUUUUUUUUAUGUUCAGUCUUCCGAGUCGGUUUAGUUCGGUUCACUAGAGCUGUAUAGUUUGGUUAAACAAGUAGCAAUUCAGUUUUCUAUUGAACUAAGCUUCCAAUUAACCAUUUUUUUUUCUUCUUUGAUAUUUAUUUCUUGGCUUAAUUUUUUUUUUUUUUUUACUCUGUUCAGUACUGAUUUUGUGGUGGUUUUUUUUUUUUGGUUGUUUGUUUGUUUCCUUUGGCUGAGGAGUCUGUUGUAGAGCUUUUUUUUUGCUGGUGUUGCUGGAUGUAGCUCCCCGAGACCCACAGAAUGGAACACACUAGAAGUGCACCCUUUUAAUCUUUACUAGUUCAUUGUGAAGUUGCUGUGUAAGUUAAUUAAAAAAAAAAAAAAGAAAAUCAAAAAACAAAAACACACACCUGUAAAUACCUUGUUUGCUGGGCAGAUCUGGUCGAGUUGCAGGGAAGGAAUUCCUGAGUCUGGGUUGCGAUUGCUGCUUAGAAGGACAAUUGCCAGGGAACAUUCAGGCUCCUCCUUGGUUCUCCUUGCCCCUCUCCCUGCCACCUAAAAUGGGGGAGAGGAAGGGAAGUCGUCCUCACCACCACUUUUCCACCGGGAAACGGGCAUAAAAGAGUUGGAAUUCUUCAUUCCUGAGGGGCUCGUGCCCUGCCCUGGGUUUGUGGCAACUCUGCACAACAGUAACUCAAAAAGGCAGAACGAGAUGUAAAAGUGCUUUUCUAAUGCAAUAUUAAAGGCAUUAAAGGAGUUUUUUUUUGACGUGGCAUGUCUUGAAAUAAACAUCAAUGAUAUGUGACAAAGGAUCAUUCUUUCUUUUUAAAAAAAAAAAAAAAAAAAAACCUGGCUGGGGGAAGGAAACCUGGCUGCUUUUGCCGUGUUGUGCUGUCCUUACCCGGGCAGAAAUGCCUCACCCUGCUGCUCCUUCCUUGGCUCUCUUCUCCUCUGGUUCUUUGUGCAGCUUCUCCUGCUCCUCAGUUGGCUGUUCCCCACCGGCACAUCCUUGGUUUUCUUGCUUCUGGUAGAACCAACCCCCUCUGCUUCCCAUAGUCCCGAGCUUUAAGCACUGGAUUUGCAAGGAGCUGGCUGAGCCCGGGGGGUUUCCCGGCUUUUCCCCGGAAGACCUGAGAGCAGGUUUGGCCAUAAUUCCCUCUAAACGAAGGCCUGGAGAGCAGCAUUCCCACAGCUCCCCGGGGCUGCAGGAGCACGGAUGAGGCUGUGCUUUGGCCCUUCUCCAGCACGAGGUCCCUCAGGGGUGUGCUCAGGUACGUUCUGAUAGUCCUUGCUGAUGGUCCGUGCUUAACAUGCCCCCAGCCCUAAUCCCGGUUUUCCAGAGAGAACACGCUUCCAAAGCGAGCACAGAAGCAACGUGAUCUUUAUAUUUUUUCCUUUUGCACCACCUUGUCUCAGGUUUUAGUUUCCCUUUGCUCCUUGGGAACCGUGGGAACAGGCCUUUGGUGUGAUUUUCGGGGUGAGGGUCUCGGCUCUGUUUCUUUUCCCCUCCCCGCUCCGCCCCGCUCGUUGUGCCGUCCCCAUCACGCAGCUUUUCCAUCCACACCUUUUGUCUCGGUAAAAGUAGUUGAAGAAAUUGUGUAAGGAGGGAGGGGGGUGUGUGUGAAAAAAAGGUUCCUUUUCUUCGUGUUGGAAUGUCACUGGUACCUCAGCUCUGUUUGGUAACGGCGACGACGACGAGAGAUCGAAUGCGUAGCGCUUGAACUAAAUAAAUACCUGUCUCGUUGGAAA